GUAGGAAAUGCCGUCGUCCAGUUGGUUCACAAAUCAAUACACCGUAUUCUUCACUGUCGCCAUUCACUAAGACCGGCAUCUUCAAAGCCGCUGCCUUGAAGAAAACCCGAAAGGCUCUCCCUUUGCGUGAAUAAACCUAACAAAAACUAAUCUUUCUAUUACUUCGGCUUUGGAGAUCUGAUUUUGUAUUUUCUCAUCUCAAAAUCUGCCCUACAAAUCUCUCAACAUUUCCCAGAUUCAGAAUCUGCUAAAGUUUUGUCCUUUGAAACCGAGUAUAUUUUGAGAAAAUAGCUGAGACAUUCAAAAGUAGCUGAAAUUAAUUGAUUGCCUGAAAUGAGUGAUAACAAUUCACCACCUGGGUCACCCAAACAAAACCCAGAUCAGAAUUCUGAGACUAACCCAAUUCCCAAAGAUGAUAGCUCACUGGAAACCAUAGUUCGAAGGUUUCAGGAAUCCAUGUCCUUAGCAAAAAGACACAAAUUUUGGGAAACUCAGCCUGUUGGUCAAUUUAAGGAUGUUGGGGACACAAGUUUACCUGAUGGCCCGAUUGAGCCCCCCACCCCAUUGUCUGAAGUGAAACAGGAACCUUAUAACCUUCCAAGUCCGUAUGAAUGGACCACCUGUGAUAUGGAUUCGGAAGAUACUUGUGCCGAGGUUUACAAUCUUUUGAAGAACAAUUAUGUCGAGGAUGAUGAGAAUAUGUUUAGGUUCAAUUAUUCCAAGGAGUUUCUUAGGUGGGCUUUGCGCCCUCCUGGUUAUUACAAGAGCUGGCACAUUGGGGUCCGUGCUAAAGCUUCGAAGAAGCUUGUGGCUUUCAUUACCGGUGUCCCUGCAAGAAUAAGGGUGCGGGAUGAAGUUGUGAAGAUGGCUGAGAUCAAUUUCUUGUGCGUUCAUAAGAAGCUGAGAUCAAAGAGACUUGCACCCGUGAUGAUUAAGGAGGUUACUAGGAGAGUUCACCUGGAGAAUAUUUGGCAGGCAGCUUAUACUGCUGGAGUUAUUCUUCCAACACCAAUUACUACUUGCCAGUACUGGCAUAGGUCUUUAAACCCCAAGAAGCUUAUUGAUGUUGGCUUUUCUAGGGUUGGUGCGAGGAUGACAAUGAGCCGAACCAUUAAACUCUACAAGUUACCUGAUUCUCCGGCCACCCCUGGAUUCAGAAAGAUGGAGCUUCGUGAUGUCCCUGCUGUUACUAGACUGCUAAGAAACUACUUGAGCCAGUUUAUUGUUUCUCCAGAUUUUGAUGAGAAUGAUGUGGAGCAUUGGCUACUUCCUACCGAGGGUGUCGUGGAUAGUUACUUGGUUGAGAGUCCAGAGACGCAUGAGAUAACUGACUUCUGCAGCUUCUACACUCUUCCCUCAUCUAUUCUUGGCAACCAGAACUAUUCUGUUUUGAAAGCUGCCUACUCUUACUAUAAUGUCUCCACUAAGACUCCACUGCUUCAGUUGAUGAAUGAUUCUCUUAUUGUUGCUAAGCAGAAGGGUUUUGACGUUUUCAAUGCUCUGGAUGUCAUGCAUAAUGAGUCUUUCCUCAAAGAAUUGAAAUUCGGACCAGGUGAUGGGCAACUUCACUACUAUCUCUAUAAUUAUCGGAUACGAAAUGCCUUGAGACCAUCAGAGCUUGGUCUUGUACUCUUAUAGUUUGGAUGUGGCAAGGAUUUCUUGGUUCUACUCUUUCCUCUGCCGAUGUUGUUCUGUUUGCCUUCUACAUGCUUGUUAUAGCACCGAAUGAUAUGAGAAUGUGCCUUGUCAGGCACCUACUCUCAGAUCCAACUGGAUUAACUAUGAUAAGAACAUAUCGCAUAGCAUAGAUGGUAUCUUUUUGCGUUUCAUCCCUUGUUUGGUUACAUUUUGAAUUGCCAUUCAAGCAAUAUGAGGAGCCUAUCCACCCAUAAAAAUAAAUAGACAUCUGUAUAUUCAUACAGUUACAUGUAUAUCCAUAACUAGUAACUAUCCUUUCCUAUUGACAACUGUAGAAUUUUGUAGCAUUUCAUUUGAUCGUAAAUUGUAGCCUUUCUGACUGAUAUGAUUUUGAUCAUCAUCCCAAAAACCCACUGGGAAAUUCAAGCAAGCUGAUUCGGGAUUUGGUUAUUACAUCCUUGUUCAUCUAUAGCAAGUUGCCAGUCCCAAUGGCAUGGUAUGAACACUUGGCAUUAUCGAUUAUUAUGUACAUUUUUUUUUUAUCCUGGGAGAGAAAGGGACCU